AUGAAAUUCCUAGUUAUUUUCGCUAUCUGCGCUACCGUGGCCUUGGCCAAACCAACUGAUGUCAUAGAUACGAUCUCCGUUGGACCAGUUAUCAUUGACGGUGAAUACCAACCCAUCUCCGUUGGACCUGCUAUCAUUGACGGUGCGCCCAUCUCCGUAGGACCCGCUAUCGUUGACGGUGAAUACGAGCCCAUCUCCGUUGGACCCGCUAUCGUUGACGGUGUGUACGAGCCCAUCUCAGUUGGCCCCGCUAUCAUUGACGGUGUAUACGAGCCCAUCUCCGUGGGACCCGCUAUCAUUGACGGUGUAUACGAGCCUAUCUCCGUUGGACCCGCUAUUAUUGACAACGAAGUUGCCGCUCCCGCAAGCUCUCCCCUAGUCCAAAUCAUUGUCAAUGUUAGCCCAAACUCUGGUAUCGUUGGCAGUCCCGUUAUUGUUGACGGUAUGCCCAAACCUGUGCCUAUUAGCGUUGACCCCGUUAUUAUUGACGAGAUCAAACCUACCCCCGUUAUUGUUGUUGAUCAGCCUGAACCUGUGCCUAUUAGCGUUGACCCCGUUAUUAUUGACGAGAUCAAACCUACCCCCGUUAUUGUUGUUGAUCAGCCUGAACCUGAACCCGAAAAUGUGAUCAUCGUCGAACAACCUGAACCUGAAGCUCUCAUCCCUCCCGUCGUUGCCCUCCCUGGAAUUCUCAAC